AUGUCGGGUGAUGCACAGACACCAUCAGAAACGGAAACUCUUCUUCCUCCCGAAGCUCAACAAGCACAUCAUGAAGACAUCAAGGAUCUGGAUCGACCUGUUUUUCUGGACUCAUUCAGGCGGAAUGUCAGGUUCUGCAAGGUAUUUCUAGGACUCGGUUUAGCAGCUACCCUAGCACUGGAGAUAACUCAUCUUGUCAUGUCUAUGAAAGAGCCUAGACUUGAUAUGGACCACUUUGAGGAUCAGACUAGAUUUGCUGCGAGAAUGCUGGAUGUCAUUGGAGUCAUAUUCACUGCAUUCAUGAUCCUUCUUUACACUUUAUCUGUUUUCAAACCUGUUUCCAUCCGGACACUCACUUUAGCACACAUACCAGAAAUCAAGAAUAUCCGUCUUCAUAAGAACCUCUGUACCUCCCUUUUCAUUCUGUCAAUCUCACUCAUCAUUGUACAUCCUUUACCUGGAAUAUACUACACUAUUAUGUCUCAUCUUGCAUUGCCUGCGCUUAGAACGAAACACUCGGCUCUUGUAUAUUACCUCCGGAUAGGAUCAUUGUUUUUCUCUUUUUUGGCUGUCGGAUGUAUGAGACGAGGACCGAAACGAUACUAUCCACCUCCUAGAUUAGGAACCGGAUUUGGUUUGAACGAAGAGAAAGAGAAGGAUAGUACUACCAAUAGCGGGGUCACAAUCAAAAUGACACCUGCGGAAGAAGAAGAGAAUGAGGUGCCUUUAUCUGGAAUAACGAUAGGCAGUGAAGGCUAUGGUGAUAAUGGGGAAGAGAAGAGUAACGUCUUCGAUUAUGACCAUUCUUCCAUGUUAAGCUUUGUCUUCCUUGGAUACAUCGCCAAUCUUGCCCACCGAUCAAUGCAAGUCGAAAGUCUAGCUCAGAACGAUUUGCCAUUACUCGAGGAGAAAACACGCAAUAGCGGAAUAAGAGAAGAUGUAUUCUCUGCAGAGAACAAGGGGAAAGAAGCCAUCAGAACGGAUAAAGUAACGACCUGGACGUUGGUCAUGGCCAUGUGGCGGGGUAAAGGAACAACAGUCUUUAUCACGUUCCUUCUAGAGUUCAUCCGAAACCUUAUUAGUUUCAUACAAAUCGCCGCCAUGCACGAGCUCAUUCAGACUUUCAAAGAUCCCAAGGGAUCUGAUAAGAGCUAUGCGUACUUGAUGUGUUGGGGCUUGCUAGGUGGUCAAACAUUCGAUGUAUUAUUAUCUAGUUACUUGAAUGUCCGAGAGAAUUACAUGCUUCAUAUUCCUAUUAGAAUGAAUCUGAGUUCCAUGCUGUUUUCGAAAAUCCUGCGAACAACCGAUGCGAAAGCUCUGGAAGCGCACAAUGUCUCAGGUAAAGACAAGAAUGCAGAAAAUCAAGGCCGUAGUCAAGUCAUGAAUCUCCUCACAAUUGACACGGGGACUAUCGCUGCAAUGGCCACUCAUAUCUGGGGAUUUGUCAACGGUGUAGUCACAUUAUUGAUCGCCGUUGUAAUGUUAUACAAUAUGCUGGGCGUUAGUGCAUUUGUCGGUAUUGCUUGUGUACCGUUGAGCAUACCUUUAUCUUGGCUAGUCUCAAGAUAUAUAUACCAAUGUGACAAAGAAUGGGCAAGAGCCAGAGAUGCACGAACCGGUGCACUCAAAGAAUUUCUAUUAGGUAUAAAGGUUAUCAAACUCAAUGCAUUCGAACCAUAUUUCAUUCGUAAAGUCCGUCGUCUGCGUGAACAUGAAGUCAGUUGGCAAAGAUGGCGAUAUACUCUGGGAACCAUUUUCAACAUUCUUGCUGAUCAGCUUCCAAUACUCUCCGUCCUUGUGAUCUUCUGGUUCCAUUGCAAAGUCAUGGGCAAUAACCUUGAUCCAGCCACCGCUUUUGUAGUACUGAAUAUUUUCAGCAGAGUCAAGGAUGGGCUCGGUGCUUUCCCUCAAAUCAUCCAGGCAUUUCUGUCCACUAAAGUAUCUCUAGAUCGUCUGAGUCGGUUCCUGAGUCAACCUGAAAUAGACAAAGAACGAUGGAACAGGGCUUCUGAUUACAUUAUGUGUGACAACGCCACCAUCGGCUGGCCAUCUGCAGAGAAUCAAUCAAGAUCUUUAGGGGAACCCUCUGAUUUUACCUUACGUGACGUACACAUCCAAGUUCCUAAAGGUGACUUGACUCUUUUGUGCGGCCCUCUCGGUUCGGGAAAGACCCUAUUGCUUAGAGCUUUCCUUGGAGAGGCUAGCAUAAUGAAAGGCGAAGUCAUCGCUCCGCGGUCAUUGCCCGAUUCUACUCCCGUAUAUCCUGGCAGUGUUGACAAAUGGACCACCGACGAGUGGUUGACAGAAUCAGUCGCAUAUGCUCCGCAGCAAAGCUUUAUUAGACAUGGUUCCAUCCGUGACAACGUGCUGUUUGGUCAGCCUAUGUGGAGAGAAAGAUAUCGCGAGGCCUUGAGACAAGCCGCAUUGCUUCCUGACCUAGAACUUUUCCAAGAAGGUGAUCUAACCGAAGUUGGAGAGCAUGGUGUGACAUUAAGUGGCGGUCAGAAAGCAAGAGUCAACCUGGCGAGAUGCCUAUAUUCACCUGCAAAGACCAUCUAUCUAGACGAUAUUCUUUCAGCCGUCGACGCUCACACAGCUCAGUUUAUCUGCAACGAAUGUUUCGGAGGCAACUUGUUGAAGGGCCGUACAGUCGUUUUGGUCAGUCAUCACGUGUCGCUCGUGCUACCAAUGGCGAAGUAUGUCAUAUCUCUUAGUAAGGACGGUAAUGUCGAACAAGCGUGCCCGGCCAGUGACAUAUCUUUGACUAAUAUCGUCGACAUUGCACCACCUGAAUCGUCGAUCAACGAGACGUCCGAAUCACCCAAGAUGUCCAAAGCUCGGAGAGAGUCUCAUGCGUUCGAAGAGCGGGAUGAGUCUAGUGCGGUGCUACGACACUUGUAUAAGGAGGAGCACAAGUCUGUGGGUCGAGUGGCGUCAAGUCACUACUUCUUAGUCUUCCGAGCAUCCGGCGGAUUUUGGUAUUGGUCGGCUUUAGCAUUAUUGUUCGCGGCACAUCGAGCUACAACCAUGGGCAGAACAUUUUGGUUAGAGAAGUGGACUUCGGAUCUUGAUCCCUCCGAUCUGAACUACAAUUUGAUCGUAUACUCGGCCAUAGCAGGAGGGGGAAUUCUAAUAGGAUCAUUCAGGUGGGUUUGGUUAUACGGUAUUCGGAAUGUCGGCUUCUACAGCUCUGGGAGCAAAAAGAUUCAUGAGAUGGUCUUGACGAGAGUCUUCGAAGCCCCUCUACAAUUCUUCGAGACAACCCCCCACGGCCGAAUACUCAAUAUCUUCGGUCAAGAUAUAUUCAGAUUGGAUAGUCAAUCUGCUGACGAUUUUGGGAGGACUGUCAUGGAGGGCCUCGCACUCUCUACGUCUGCUGCAGUGGUGUUCAUCAAAGCCCCAGUCAUCGCAUUGGUAACUCUAGUUUUUGGUAUCCCUUUCUAUUGGAUUAGUAAUCAGCUUAACAAGUUGCGAGCGGAUAUUCGACGACUGACGACUACCGCCUCUUCCCCCUUGUAUUCCUUGUAUAACGAAUCGAUUGAUGGUGUUGUCAUGAUCCGAGCUUUUGGCCAGAAUCAAUCGAUGAUGUAUGCUAUGAAGGUUAUCAACAACAGAGAACGAGUCACUUGGCUGGCAGCCUGGGCGGUUUGGAAUUGGGUCCGUGCAAUCAUAAGGUCGUUCGCUAGCAUUGUAAUCGCUGCCACAGGCUUUGCAUUAGUUAGACAAGAUAUCUCAGCUGCUCAAGCUGGAUUGAUCUUGAACUUUGCGAUGACCGUCUCUUCGGGGCUCUUCGGGUGGAUGGAACAAUACAGCUCUCUAGAACAAACUUUCGUCAGUGCUGAACGAGUCAAUCACUAUAUCACUAUGCCCGAUCACGAAUCCACAGACGGCGAGAUCCCUGAGAGCACCUGGCCGGCUCGCGGUGAGAUCCAUGUCAAUGACCUUCGAGUCAGAUAUGCACCAGAUCUACCUGAGGUGCUUAAAGGGGUGUCUUUUCAUCUUAAGCCCGGCACGCGUGUUGGUCUCGUUGGAUCUACAGGUUCUGGUAAAUCCACUUUGGCGUUGAGUUUGUUCAGAGCUAUUGAACCUCAUGGUGGUAACAUGACCAUCGAUGGAAUCGAUAUCUGCAAAAUUGCUUUGCCGGAGCUGCGGAAACGACUGAACAUGGUUGCUCAAGAUGGAAUGCUUUGCUCGGGCACAUUGCGUGAUGCUCUGGAUAUCACUGGUGCAAAAGAUGACUACGAGAUCUAUGAAGCUCUUCGAAGAGUGCAUCUUCUAUCCGAAAGUCUGAAGAAAGAUGAAGUGGAGAACAAUCCUUUCGCAAACCUUGAGACUUACGUAGCUAUUGAGGGAGCUAACUUCAGUCAAGGUCAAAGACAACUUCUCUGCCUCGCUAGAGCAUUAUUGAAAAGGUCUCGGAUCCUCGUUAUGGACGAAGCCACAUCAUCAGUCGAUUUUGAAAUGGACGCCAAGAUCACUGCUACGAUUAAAGAAUGCUUUGCUGAAACCACGAUGCUUGUCAUUGCUCAUCGCCUUGCUACAAUUAUGCAAUACGAUCAAGUCCUCGUGCUAGACCAAGGGCAAAUAAUUGAAUCAGGCGAACCGCUGAAAUUGAUGGAAGAUCCAACAACCAAUUUCCACGGAUUAUGUAUGGCACAAGGUGAAGAAGAGUUCAACAGCUUGAUCGCCAUGGCUCGUUCAUAG